AUGGAAUAUUCGAGAGAUAUCGAAAAUAUCUAGAAAGAUUUAGAAGACUUAAAUACUUUACUUCUAAUUGCUAACAGGGAUUUCUCUAAGAAACUUCUUGAAAAAGAAAUCAAGCAUCUUCUAUGCCUUGAAUCAGUUAUUGAUGCGGAGUAAAACUUGCUAAAAUAAAUAAGCACAGAAGUUGUUGAGAAGUAGGAUAAAGGUGAAUAAGAGGAGACCAAGGAUUACAUUAAAAAGGAUUAUCUUAUUUAUUCAAUGCUGACAAGAAUGUAUGUGACUUAAGACUUAAAAGGAAUUGGCGAGCAUGAAAAGAAGAAUAUUGAUUGUGAGUUUACAGAUAACUCAAUAGAUUUGAGGAUAUUAAGCUUUAAUGGGAAAAAUUUUAGAUUAAAUAUUCAACCUCUCAAUAGUUUCAUUGAUCCUGCUUCUUGCAAGAUGAAGAAGAAUAAGGCAAAGCUUUGGGAUGAUGUAAAAGAAAAGAAGAGCUUAGUCGGAGAUUCCUCAGUCAAGAAAAAGAACAAAGGAGAUGGAGGCGAAUCAAAGGAUCCAGGAAAUUCAUUAAUGAAUAUGAUGAAAGAAUUAUAUCAAAGUGGAGAUGAUUAAAUGAAGAGGACUAUAGCAGAGAGUUGGGAAAAGGCACAGAAAGAAAAAGGGGCUAAAUUAGAAUUGUGA